UGUAUUUUGAGGGAUUUUUGCUUCAUCAAGACUGGUAACACACGGCUCGGUUCGCGCGACAGCAAACAUCUUUUUCCUUUGAUUUUCACGGUGUUGUACGGUUGGCUCGGAACGGGAAAUCAAGAUAAUUCAGUGCAUUUGGACAGGAAGAUUCCACUGCAACACAGAACCGUGGAAUUCCUGCGGUAUUUGGGGUAGGAAAAGUGUUUUAUUUUUCUUUUGCGCUGUGACGCCGUGUGCUGCUGCUGCUCGGUAAUCACAAUCGUCAUUACAACAGGGAGGAACGGAGCAGAACCCAGAAAAAAUACUGCAAGAGCUCUUGCUAGCAGUAAAGAGAAAACUUGAGGAAAUUUUCAGUACACAACACGGCACCGCCGGGCAGCUAGAAAAUAAGACAUUCCGAAGAGUAGAAACGAAUUGACGUUGAUAACAAUCACUUUGAGGUUUACCACUUUCGAAAUCGUUUUGAAAGUAUCGUGUUAAAAAUAGGCUUUCUGAUCUUGUGGCUCAAGAGUUGUGGUCAAAAACGUUGUUGUUUGUUCGGAGGAGUGAAUCAAUAGUACCGUCAUUGUGAAGACUUCGUUUACAAACUUGACAAAACGUAAAAAGUUUGUGAAAAAUCUAAACAGAUUACGAUACCCGGCUGAUUACCUCCGAAGGGCACGAUUCAGUACGCGGACCAGUGCGAGCGUCUCGCUUUUCUCGGCACUAAAAGGGCCAUUGACCCGCUGCCGCCACAGAACGGAAGCAGUAGCUAACGGCCAAUGUUGAUACUGGUGUGAAAGAAGCAGACAACAGUGCAUAAAUUACAAGAUGGGUGCGUUUCUGGAGAAACCGAUGACAGCGAAGCACAAUGAGCACGGCGAAGGCAAUGGGUUACGUUACGGUGUGGGCUCAAUGCAGGGAUGGCGCUGUGAGAUGGAGGAUGCACACUAUUCUAAAACCGGACUUGGAGAAGGAUUGGACGAUUGGAACUACUUUGCGGUGUUCGAUGGUCAUGCAGGGCACAAGGUGGCCGAUCAUUGUGCCAAGAAUCUGCUGCAGUCGAUCAUAAGGACGCAGGAAUUCGGUAAUAACGAUAUCACGAAAGGUAUACAUGCUGGCUUUCUGAAAUUGGAUGAAACCAUGCGGGACAUUCCGGAGCUGGCCUCCGGAGCGGACAAGUCGGGUACGACUGCUGUCUGUGCGUUCAUCUCUGGCCAAAAUGUGUACGUAGCUAAUUGUGGCGAUUCGCGAGCAGUUCUGUGUCGCAACGGUGCACCAGUUUUUUCCACACAAGAUCACAAACCGAUUCUGCCAGGAGAGAAGCAGCGAAUUCAGAACGCCGGAGGCUCAGUGAUGAUUCAGAGGGUAAACGGUAGUCUUGCAGUGUCACGGGCACUAGGUGAUUAUGAUUUUAAGGGUGCAAAAGAAUUGGGCCAAUGUGAGCAGUUGGUUUCACCGGAACCGGAAAUUUUUUGCCAGGAUCGAAAUCCAGCUGACCAAUUUUUAGUUCUUGCCUGCGACGGUGUAUGGGAUGUGAUGAGUAAUGCCAAUCUCUGCCAGUUUGUUCACAGCCGAAUGCAGAUCACCGACAACCUAGAGGAUAUUGCGAACCAGGUAAUCGAUACCUGCUUGCACAAGGGAAGUCGUGACAACAUGAGCAUAAUUAUAAUAGCAUUCCCGGGAGCCCCCGUGCCGAGCGAGGAAGCCAUCAGGAUGGAGGAGAAGUUGGAAGCAGCGCUGCGCAAGAAGAUCGAGGAAAUCGUCACCGAGAUGGGCCCGAACGUAGAGUACGGGUUGCUGUUGAAGCAGCUCAACGAGCAACACAUUCCGGAACUACCGCCCGGCGGUGGGCUCGAUGCCAAGUGUUCAUUCGUGUCGAAAGUAUUCAAGGAGCUGUGCCCCAAACUGGCAGACACUUGCGAGGUGGGAAGCUAUUGAGGCAAUAACGGUUCCUGGGAGAAACGAGCGGUUGCCGAAGCGCAACUGGCCAGAUUGCGACGCGUACAGCAACACGGACAGACGUCCGGGGAGGAUGGGGAUGAGUUUUUAGCGAAAAUAACAAAAAAACAUAUUCAUGUAUAGAAGAGAGCAAGCGCGUGCGAAUAUGCGAGAGCGAGCGAGAGAGUGCGAGCUGCAGGCACGGAAGGCGGUGACUAGAGGUACAUAUUAUAAACAUAUUACAUGCAUAAUUAGAAUUUUAGGUUGGUCAUUCGUUUAUUUUUAUUUUGUAUUUGGAAGAACGACUCAUUAGAAUCACUGUGUAAAAAAGUUUACUAGAGCUAAAACCAGAGAUAAGAGAUAACAUAACAACUCGAGAAAAGGGAAUAUUAUAGUCAUCAAAUAAACUGUAAGAUGUACCAUUAUUGCGCUAUUGGACGACAGAAAUAGAUAGUUUGCUCUAUUGAGAA